AUGUCUGCUGUUAUUGGUAUUACCUUUGGUAACACUUCCUCAUCCAUUGCUGUUGCUGGUGGGGACGGUAAAGUUGAUGUUAUUGCCAACCCAGAUGGGGACCGUUCUAUUCCAUCAGUUUUAUCAUAUGUUGGAGAAGAUGAAUAUCAUGGUACUCAAGCCAAAUCUCAAUUAAUCAGAAAUGCCAAAAACACUAUCAUCAACUUCAGAGAUUUUGUUGGUAAAAAAUUCGAAGAAGUUGACACCAGUGUAUCAAAAGUUGGUGCUCCAGCCAUCAAAACUGAAGAUGGUGGUAUUGGUUAUGAAAUCACUAGAGCUGAUGAUAAAGUUGAAAUUGUCACUGUUGAAGAAGCUACCAGAAGACAUUUCAUACAGUUAAAGAGAGCUGCUGAAGAUUAUAUUGGUAAAAAAGUUGAAAGUGUUGUAUUAACUGUUCCAACCGAUUUCACUGAAAAGCAAAGAGAAGAAAUUACUAAAGUUGCUAACAAUGCCGGUUUAAAAGUUUUACAAUUAAUCAAUGAACCAUCUUCUGCUUUAUUAGCUCACUUAUCUUCAAAUGACGAUCGUUUAUUAGAAGAUAAAGUUUUCGUUGUUGCUGAUUUUGGUGGUAUAAGAUCUGAUGCAGCAGUUGUUUCUGUUAGAGGUGGUGUUUUCACCAUCUUAGCUACUGCCCAUGAAAAAGGAUUAGGUGGGGAACAAUUAGAUGAUGCUUUAGCUGAAUUUUUCGCUAAAGAAUUUGAAAAAAAAUUCAAAGCUAACCCAAGAACCAAUGCUAGAUCAUUAGCUAAAUUAAAGGCUGAAUCUAUUGUUGUUAAAAAAACUUUAUCUAAUGUUAAUACUUCUUCUUGUUCAAUUGAAUCUUUAGCUGAAGGCUAUGAUUUCCUUACUUCAAUUAAUAGAUUAAGAUAUGAAUUAGCUGCUAAAACUGUUUUAUCUAAUUUAACUGCUUUUGUUGAAAAAGCCGUUACUAAAGCUGGUUUAGAAACUUUAGAUAUCGACGAAGUUUUAUUAGUUGGUGGUACUUCUCAUACUCCAAAAUUAGCUUCAAAUGUUCAAUUUAUUUUCCCAGAAUCAACUGUUGUUGUUUCUCCAGCUUUAGAUUCUAAAGCUAUUAACCCAGCUGAAUUAGUUUCUCGUGGUGCUGCUUUACAAGCUUCUUUAAUUGAAUCCUUUGAUGAAGAAGAAAUCAAAGAAUCUUUACAACCAGUUGUUGUAAACACCCAACACAUAAGCAAACCAAUUGGUAUUAAAGAUGCUGAAGGUAACUUUAUUCCAAUCUUAGUUUCUGAAACUGCUUACCCAAUUAAAAAAUCUAUAGAAGUUACCAAUGGGGAAUCUUCUGCUGUUCACAUUGAAUUAUUCGAAGGUAAAAGAACCGUUAAAGAAACCGUUGUUGAACCUGAACAAGAUUCUGAUGAAUCUGAAGAUGAAGAUUCUGAUGAAGAACCAGAAAUUAGAAAAGAUGUUGUUUACGUUGCUGGUGAUUUAUUAGCAGAAUUAUCUUUGAAAGAUUUAAAACCAAACUCUAAAUUAGAAGUCAUUGUUAACAUUACUCAAAACGGUACUUUACAUGUUUCUGGAAGAGAAUUGAAACCUGGUUCAGUUGCUGUUAAAGGUGAAAUCUCUUCUGCUUAA